AGCAGCGAUGGCGGCGGCGGCGCCUCUCGGGGCCCUGGCACUGCUCCUGCUGGCCGGUCUCUCGUGCUGUUCAGCAGAGGCCUGCGUGGAGCCGCAGAUCACGCCCUCCUACUACACCACGUCGGAUGCAGUCAUCGCCACGGAGACGGUGUUCAUCGUAGAGAUCUCCCUGACCUGCAAGAACAGGGUUCAGAACAUGGCUCUGUAUGCAGACGUCAGUGGAAAGCAGUUUCCUGUCACCAGAGGCCAGGAUGUUGGACGUUACCAGGUGUCAUGGAGCCUGGACCACAAGAGUGCCCACGCGGGCACCUACGAAGUCAAGUUUUUUGAUGAGGAGUCCUACAGCCUCUUGAGGAAGGCUCAGAGAAAUAACGAAGACAUUUCAGUCAUCCCGCCUCUGUUCACAGUCAGCGUGGACCACCGGGGAACCUGGAACGGGCCCUGGGUGUCCACAGAGGUCCUGGCCGCAGGGAUUGGCCUGGUGAUCUACUACCUGGCUUUCAGCGCAAAGAGCCACAUCCAGGCCUGAGGGC